AUGGCGGCGAAUUUUGGAGACUCUGCCGGCGGGUUCCGCCACAACGAGGUGAUCAAUUUCAUCAACAACGAAGUCCUCAUGAACGGGGGCGGCCCUGAUUUCUACACGACCCUCCGCUCGCAGUCCUGGAGUGAGAUCGAGGACCGACUUCAGGCCAUCCUGACCGACCCGCAGAUGCCGCGCAUGCGCCAGAGGGCCUGCACCUGGAGCGCGCUCGCUUUGGGUGUGCGGGUGGCCGCGAGGCAGCGUGAGCAGCUAAUGUGCCAGGUCCAGCAGCUGCAGAACCAGGUGAAGGAGCUCGAGGGGACCGUCUGGGGUCUGGCUCCAGAGCUACAGAGGCUUCAUGUGGAGCAUGAGAACAUGACUUUGCAGCUACACUUAACACGGACUGCCCUGGAGCAGGCGCUUAAUGAGCGUGAUGUGCUUCACGCGCAGCGGCUCCUGGUUGCAGGGUCGGUCCAGGUUGCCCUACUGAGCCAUGAAAUGAUGCCUGGGCCUCAACCAGGGCAGUUCGGGGCCUCAGCAUGGCCCCUGAAUGAAGAGCAGCAGAGAAAUAUGGAGGCCAUGGGAAUGCCUGGCAGUCCCUGGGCCCAGAACAUGCCACCACCUCUGCCAAUGUCAGUGCCAUACUCAUUUCAAUAUCACCCACCAUUCCCACCGGAAUCCCCGUUCUUGCCACCUCUACCACCAGCAGCAGUGUUCAUGGAAGCAGGAGGGGCAGUAAUGCCACCUAAGCCUCCUUCGGGGAUCUACACCCCUAACCCGUGGGCUGCAGUGUGGGCUCAGGAGGAGAUGGCCCCACUGUGGAACCAUAGGAUCCCCAGCCAGGAGGAAGCCUUAGCCAGGAACAAGAUCUAG